AUGGGCAAGAAGAAGAGUAAGAACCAAUUAAACACUGGAGGUGUUCCUAAUGGUGUCCAUAAUACCAAGAAAGAGGCAGCUUUGCCACCUUUGGGAAAUAAGCUGGGAAGCGCAAGUUUUACAGCUAUAAAUACGCUGACUAAGCCCGCUUUGUUUUCAUUUUAUGAUGACGAUAUUACCAAGAAUGAAGGUAAUGUUUAUGACAAGGCUUUAUUGUCUAACGCCUCUCAAUUGGAAAUGGUUCCGCCAUCCGCGACUGCGAGACACGAAAGGUCAUUGUAUGCGAAAAUAAUCAAUACUAUUGCUGCAUUUUUUAUUCUAUUCAUAGCAGGAAUACUCUUCCCCAUGAUAUCAGAAUGUUUGUUUGAUAAUGACCAAUUGGCAAAGGGAGAUAUCGUAUCCUUUUUAAAGCAUGGUAUAGAAAUUAAGAACAAGAUCGUCGCGGAACCUGACAUGGUGCCUGAUUGGGCUGUAUUUGGUACUGAAGGUGUUAUCUUUGGUUCCAUAGUACCAUUCAUUGACUCUUUCGUUCGUUAUCAACACCAGCCAAAAACCAGGUCAUCAGUUUACAAAAACACCCUAGGAUCAUUUAUAAGAUGUGCCAAUACUCUUUUGGGCUUAAUAUUUGGUAUUAGGAAACUUGAAUGGUCCUCCUCUUUGCAGGCAGCUGGUGCAUGGAGCUUAUUAAACAUUGUUCUGUGGUUGUUCUUUGAUGGCACUUUAACCGUUUUUUUCCCAGGUCUAGUAAUUGGUGCCCUUAGUGCGUUCACUUGCUCACAAUGUUUCUCGCAGUUGUCACUGGCGUUGUAUUUUAUAGAUUUCUAUUUUUUUGGGUUUUUGAUGUUCAGCAAGUUGGGCAGAUAUUUAUUCAAUUAA